AACCAGUGAAAAACUGACAGGUAAAUGUAGGGUCCGCAUCUGGUUCCGAAUUUAUCAACCUCCUGACAGGUAUUACGUUUUUGUCAAACAGACACACCUGAGCGGCCAGGUAAAUAUGGUCCCUCAGUUACAGCAGGUGAAAUGUAACCAUCAAUCAGCGUUGACUACACAAUAAUUCUUCAUUAUGGAGUGUUAGUUUGAAACUGUGUGACUCUGGAAUGUUGUCAUUAUGAUCAUAACAGAAGAUAAAGCUAUUGGUGAUGAGAAAUCGUCAGAAAAAGAAGAUAAUGAUGAUAACCAGGACGAAAGUGAUGGUGACGAAGACUGUGAUACAGUAACCAUGGAUUCACAGGAUGUGGAUGAAGGGGAGAUAACUGCUAAUGGUCACAAGGAAGAGUCUGAAGUAGAUGAUGAAGAAGAGGGAAGUUUGAAUACAAAGAAUGGCGACUGUGAUAAAAACAUCAUGGUAGACGAGGAAGAAACAAAACAAGAAGAAGAAAAAACUGAAAUUAUGGAGGAAAGUGAAAAAAUAUCAGACACUAAACAUAUUGUGGAUAAGCAAGAAUGUAGCAAAGAAUCUAGUCGUUCAGAAACACCUCCAUUAAAAAGACUAAUGAGGCAGGACCCUUUGCCUCUCUUCAUGAAUAAUCAUCAUCAUUCACCUCCUAAAAAGAUGUUUAAAGAGGAACAUAUUCACUCUUCAAAGUGGCAGGUGCCACUCAUUCCUACUCCUGCCUUUUUGUCGAAUGUUAAAAAUGCUCCGAUGCAUCCACGGCAACAUAUGUUGAAAUCAAAGCCUUAUUCAAACAGACUCUUCCUUUCGCCUUCAGCUGUUUCCUCAUUUCACUCAAUGGGUUAUCAACCCAAUCUAAAAGUAUAUGACGACCAACCGUUAGACUUGUCGAAAAAAACAGGAAAUGGAAAAUCUUCAUCAUCAUCUGCGUCAUACUCACCAGGUUCUAGCAAACUCACAUCAAGUCAUACAGUGGAAAAUAUUCAUUUGAAAUCUCGUCAUAAGUACAGUAAUGGAAUGUUUCCAGAUUCUGUAAAAUCUAGUCUACAAAGUUUACAACAAAAGUUUGGCGGCGACUAUCACACAAGACAAUUACAAAAACCUGUGAAAGGGUUGCAUCCCUUGUCAUAUGAAAUGUUUAACAAAACUUUUUGUGGAGAUAAUGUUUUGCUGAAUUCCAUAUCCUCAUUACCAAAAAAGAAAAGCCCUAUUCCGCCAUUUACAGAAACAUCAGAGAAAUCCUUGAGCGAAAAAUCAGAAUCGUCAUUUAAUAAUCACAAAGACUUGAACUCUAACUUCAAAAAGCAGAAUUCUAGCAAUGAUAAUGAAGAAGAUAAGUACACAAGGCAUAAGUGUGUUUGUACUAAAACUUUUACUUCAUUGUAUGAAUUAAGUUUACAUAUUCAAGAAACUGGACAUCUCCCUGCUGGGGUGAAAAAGGCAAACUUAAUGGAAUAUCCCAAACUUGUCCGGGGUCAAGAUAUGUGGUUGAAUACAGAGUCUGAACAAACCAAACGAAUUCUACGCUGUAUGCAGUGUGGAGAAUCAUUUAAAUCAUUGCCUAUGUUGACAGUUCAUAUGAUGCAGACUCAGCAUUAUACAAAAAUUGUAAGUUCUGAACACGGACGACGUACACAUAAGUGUUCUGCUUAUUGUGAUCGCGAUGUUGACCGUGAAUGUGUAUUCAAAUGUAAAGUAUGCAAUAGUAUGUUUGUUGACAUGGAAGGACUAGCUAAUCACAUGAUAUUAUCAGGACAUCAUAAACGAAACAUACUCCGAACUCAAAAUCACACUGCAGAAUUAAAUUUAAAACAAAACAAUCGUCAAUAUUUACCUGUAAGUGAGGAAAGCACAGAGCGUGAUACUCGUAAAAAAUCUCUUUCUAGGUCAUCACCGCCUCAGGACAGGUUAUCGGCUAGUAGUCCUGAGAGUGAUUUAAUGGAUGAUAGCAUGAUCAGUUGUGAAAACUGCGGUGAUAAAAUAGAAACAAGUUUAUUUGUAGAACACGUAAGAGCUUGUCUUCAUCAAAGUAUGGUUGAUGCCUUUGAAUCAAGAAUUCAAAAGUUAAAAUCAAAAGUUGACAAUCUACAGUCAAAAAAUGUAAAAGAAGAAAAUAAAAACUUUGAAGUUGACCCAAAUGAAACUAGUAAUGGAAAAGAUUCUGAGAAAUUCAAGUCUAGAAUUGUGAAACUUGAAAGUACGGAAAAGAAAGAUUUGAAACAUGAUGAACACAGUGAUAUAAAACAAGAACUAAUCAAUCAAGAUUCUAUUUCAGAUACUCCGGAAAAGCUAAACAAUAUCAAAACUGAACCCAUAGAACUAAAUGAAAACCAAAAAUCCUCAGAAAAAAACCAAAAUGAUAAAUCCGAAGACAGAAAUCCACUAAAAUCUGAUAGUGUUAAAAUGUUAGAUAUUUUAAAUCCAGAGGACGAAGGGACAGAUAGGGGAGGUAAUUCAGCUCUCCAAGCCAUGGAAUCAUUCAUUCAAAAAAGUUUUAGUUCAAAAUUUACCUACGGCAAAAACAAGUUUCAGGUUAAUAUGUUUGACAAGCAGGAGUCUUUAAGUCCUCUGUUGAAGUUUGAAAAAUAUAGGAAAUAUUUCCAACCGUCUUUAAUGAUGGAGAAUACAUCAAAGAAGCCAGAGGAAUCAGAGAUGAAUGAUAGCGAAGCCGACGAUUCCACAAAAGAUGAAUUAGAAAAACUUGAAAAAUUAUGUGAAAAUGUCAACAAAAGGCAGACAAGUCCUAAACAAAGUACGAAAUUAGAAACUGCUGAACUCAAAGAAACAAAAGUUACAAAUGAAUCAUUAAGUAGUAAAUAUUUAAAUAUUGAUGAAGAGGAACAAAAUGCUGAAAAGUCUUCAUCAGCACUGGAUUCGCUGAGUAGUUUUGUCUAUGGACAAGCUUUAGACAGUGAACACCCUCUUGAUAAAUUACAGAAGCUCAUAACAAAAACUGACAUUCCCGGAAUGAGUUCUUCAAGUCGGACUAUUUUAAAUGGGUCACCUGAAGUCUCCAUUCCUCUAAAUUUGUCUGUGAAAAGAGAAAUUGACGAGGAUGACCUUGUGGAGGAUGGAAUAUCUGAAGGUAGUCAUAGCGACAGUGGUAGUGAUUCUGCUGUAGAGUACCAUUGUGUAGCUUGCAGUAGACAUUUUGCUUCAAAAGGAACAUACCGUUAUCAUUUAAGUCGAUGUCAUUUAUCAACCAUUAAGAAAUAUGGUAUAAAAGAGGCCUUUAACAUGAGUCCUUAUGUAUAUCUUCCUUUAGACCAUACUGCCAAGUUUUCUAAGUAUUUUAAAAUGGCAGAAGAAUUAGUUAAAAAAGAAAAAUUGUAACAUAUAUAAAUUUAUUUUGCUCUGUGCAAUUUCUUAACGAUAACUGUACUAAUUUCGGUAUAUUAUUUUUUUGAAAUCUGAUAUUUUUUGCUAUGAAUUGCAUAAUGUUUGUCAGAAGACAUGUUUGUUGCAAGGUGGUUUUGAGUUAUUGGGCAAACCUUUACAUAAUUUAACAUUGACAUUUAAACACAGACUUUUUGGAAAUGUUGGUUCUUUCCUAUUUUAAGAAGCUGUCAAGAAAAAAAAGCAUUGGUAAUACACAUAUUUUGUAGAAUUAUUUUGGUUUAGUUUUAAUGAUUUAUUUUAAUCCAAAUUCAGUCUGUAACAGAUGACAUACUUGAUGUAACUUUUCUGGAUUUAGAGUUUAAGGCUUUAGAACAAGUACUGGUACCAAAAUUUGAACUUUCCAAUGAAAUUUCUAUUACUUCAACUUUAUUUUAAUCGGUGAGUAAAAUUCCCCCUUUUUCCACGCCUAAAAUAUAAAAGGGGAAUUAUGUUUACUGGUUAAUGCAUCUUUCCCAAAAUAAGUUUAAGUUGUUCACUAUCAUUUAAAACUUGGUAGUCAUAUUCAACAUGAUGCAAGCUUUAUAUGUAUGCCAGAUCAGGGGUUUGACCUAGAUUCCAUGGUUCACAGAACAUGGACAUUUUAUAGUAGGAGCAGGGCAUGUUGUCCUAUGGACUUAUCAUUGUUAAUAGCUUAUUUUCUUAUUUUUGUACUUGAAGAGAAAUCUCUAUUUUGAGAACACUAAAUAUCAUGGUUUUAAUACUUUGCUUCUUUCAAAGUUUUUCAAUGUAUAUAAAGUAGUUUCCCUUUUUGAAUGAAAUUACCAAAAUUGGUGUCCUAUGAUUAUUAUUGAAUCCAUAGUAAUAGUAAAAAGUCCUUAUGUUUCAAAAAAAUGUCAAGAGUUUCAUCUUACUUUUACUCCCUUAAAAAGAAAACAAGUCUAAUUUUAUAAGAAAACAUUACGAAUAAAUGUAUAUUUGAUGGAAAUUAGUACAGUUAUAGUUUAGACCAAAGUAUAAUCUAUGGCAGUCUGAGACAAGAAUUUGUGUUGUAUUAUAGUUUGUAUUGAAUUAAUAUUGAUUUGUGAGGGAGAUAAGGGACCAAAGGAUAAAUUUCUUCUGAUGGUCAGUAAAAUUUACGAUGUAACAAAUCAUGUCAUAAACGUUGGGUGACAGUGAUAAAUUUACCACGCUAUUUAAACGAUUUUUCAUUUUCAAAUAUUUGAACAAUUGAAAAACAGGAAAUUUGAAAAGUUUAUUAAAAAUUUCGGUAAACAAACAGGUAUUAAAUUUUACUAUUGUAUUUGUAAGUUAUAUUAUAUCGAGGUGUAUAAAUUAAAUGGAUAUUAUAUAUUAGAUGAAAAAUAAUGAUUAAUGAAAGCAGCUGUUUAUGAAAUAUUUUUUUAUUUGUUUAAAUCAACUUUAUAUAGAAAAUGGGACAGAUUUCAUUUUAUACUCCAUAGCAAAGACCAUUCUACAUUAUUCAAAGCAGUCAUGAUGUCUGUUUUAGAUGGAUUUAGUUACUGUUAAAAAAAAAAGAUAGAUAGCAGUUGAAAUCAAAAUUGCUCAAGCAUUUUCUCUGUACAUGUAGUAAUUUUAAUUUCAACUGUAGAAUUUAAAUAGCAAUGACUGUUUGCAAAUAUUUUUUUUGUAAUUAUGGAAUGACCUUCAGGGUUAAAAUUUGUUUUUUUGUGGAGUUUGUUGCACAACUUUUUUUAUUGUAUUUAAAAAAUGAUGCUAGUUUUAUAUCAAGAUUGAGAAUUGUUAAACAAUUAGAAUUGUCAAUCAAGUUAAUUAUUUUUCAUAAAAAUAUUUUAGAGUACCAAUGA